AUGUCCACCGAACAGCCUGAACUUACCAGGGUUGAUUCAGCCAUCGCAGGCUUGAGCACAUCCCCAAAGGACGAGAAACCUCCCACCGCAAAGAUCGAACAUAGGCGCAGGUCGUCGGUGGCAGAAGGUGUCUUCAACAUCAAGGACUUGGAGGCCCAACAGAUUGAGCUGGUGCUUCCAAUCGAGACGCAAAAGACUGGGUGGAAGCUCAAUACCUCGCCAAACAGCAUCGAAGACAAGGACAUACUCAAAUUGUACCUCGUCAAUCCUCCCGUCAAGAAGAUUGACCUUCACUUCCCACUGGGUUUGGAAGUAGCAGCUCGCAACAACAAAGGAGUCACCAUCAAGGAUGCGCUGGACGCCAUUUACAAGCAAUUCAAGAAGAAGUCUGAUGAUGAAAUGGAUGCUCCCUAUCUCGCUGGUUUCGAGUGGAACAAGAAAGAGUGCUGGACACGUCUGGUUGUCCACCAGAAGCCUCAGGGCCCAGUACAACAGUCACGCAAGAAGGGCAAAAAGGCAAAGGAAGAGGCAUAG